CGUCUGCCGUCCCCUUCUUCCCCAGUGAAAGGGAGCGGGAACGGGAACGCGAGGGGAUCGAGCCCUUCUCCUCAAAGGAAUGGGAACGGAGAGGGGAGCGCGCGCGAGGGGAGCCCUUCUCCCCUAGGGAUCGGGGAAGGGAACGGGAACGCGAGGGGAUCGAGCCCUUCUCCCCAUGGGAAUGGGGACGCGCCCGGGAGAGGUCGUGGAGCGUCGCGGUGCUAUAUAUGGUGGCGAUGGUGGUGGUGGGAGAGAGAGAGAAGGAAAGGUUCCUGUGAUGAGAUUGCCUCGUGGCUACCGUUUCGAUCCGAAACCAUGGGAGCUGAUCGAGUACCUUCAAGAUAAGGUUGAAGGGCGACCCGACGACGGCCAAGGAGUGAUAAACGAUGUCGACGUUUAUGGCUGCAGUCCUAAGCAACUCGUCGACAUGGUAGGUGAUUUGAUUCCGUGCGACGGUGGGAGCUUGUUCUUUUUCACUUCAAUCGAGCACCGAAAUGGAAACUGUAGGGAUCGUAGUACACCAGACGGCCACUGGAAGUCAACAAAGAAAAUGACUAGAAUUCGUAAUGGUGAAGGAAGACUAGUGGGGUACAGGCAAGAUCUCUGCUAUUUCCAUGGAAAAAAGAAACCAGAGAGGACUGAAUGGCUCAUGAAAGAACAUAUACUUGAUCAUCAGCAGCCAAAGAUGGCUCUUUGUGAAAUAUACUCUGCACAGAAAAAGUGUAAAGGCCAAAUCCAAGGAAAUGAAUGGAGGAUUCAGCCUCUGAAGGACCCAACAGAUUCAGAAUCCGAGAAUACCCAACACCACUACUCAUCAAAUGAUUGGAGUUCCUUGGGAAAUGGUACCGAACAAAGAGCAGGUCCAAGUGGAGGUGGAUUUUUGUCAUCAUCAGAAGGAUUUCCAUCUGCUCCUGGGACCAGUGCAGGCUAUUUAAGUGCAUCUGACGGGUAUACAUGGUGCAACAGUGCUGUAGAUGUGAGUGAUCUGGCGCAGGAUAGCCUGGACUUAUAUGCGCCCCCAGCUCUUGAUGUCCCAUCACAAGAAUCACCAACCGUCCAUGCUGAUGCUGCGUUUAAAGAAGGUGGCUCAGCCAAAGCUGCUGCACACCCUGAUAUGCUGCCAGAUAUCAAUGCUCCAGAGAUGUGGCUGGAAAAUUGAGAAAUAGAUGAAUUAUUCAAUAACUUUCCGGAUCUAUUUACAUGAUUGGACUGAAAAUUUUAUGAAAUUUAUAGUUUAGUCCUAUAUAACCAAUAAAAUUAUUGGAUUACAGACACGGUUA